AGUUGAUAAAGGAUCCAAACGUAAAAAUGUCCAAGUAUUCUUCUCAUGUUGUCAAUGUGGAAACAGGUUGUGAUAUAGUUAAAUGUCUUCAAAAUUUUACUACGGCACAAAAUCUCCGAGCUGCCUUUGUUGUUGAAUGUACUGGGGAAGUAAGCAGAGCCACCUUAAGGAUGGCAGAAUCAUGGAAAGCACAUGAACCAGUUAAAGAAGUCAAUUACCAAGCCAAGAUAGAGUCAUUUGUUGGUACAAUAACUGGUGAAAAUGGUCAUUUACAUGCAUCACUGUCUAGCCAAAGUGGUUGUAUAGGAGGCCAUGUUUUUGGGCCAUUGAUUGCAUCAGAAACUGUUAAAGUUGUUGUUGGUGUAUGUGAGGACAUUGCAUUCACAAGAUCACACGAUGAAGCAACUGGUUACCCAGAACUGGUAGUAGUAGAUAUCAAUAAUUGUGAAUUGACAGGAAAGCCUCAGAAAGAAAUGAAAGAAGAUUCAACUAUAAGAACAUAUGCUGUUCGUUUGAUCCCAGGAGAAGAAAUUUGCAAUGGUUUAAAAAGCUUUGUAGUUGAAAAGGAACUUAAAACACCAUAUAUCAUGACAUGUGUUGGUAGUGUCACAAAGGCAGAACUUGCUCUGGGCAAAGAUGGAACAGAGGUUGUUACAAUGGAAGGCUUUUAUGAGAUUGUGUCAUUACUUGGGUCACCUGAUAAUCUUGAGAUCUCGAUAUCUGACAAAGAUGGUCAUGUAAUUACUGGUCAUGUGACAGGAGAAUUGAUAGUUUUCACUACAGCAGAAAUCGUUCUUGCUGACACUCAAUAAAUUACAGUUUAUUCACGACUCAAAGUUGAUGUAUAUUUUUUAAAAUAAAUCAUACAAUUUUGUAUAAA